AUGCCAAAGGAUUUAAGAAAGAGGACUAGCGGAAGGUCAGGUUUCCUUGUGGAAGAUCAUUUUGGGUCAGGCAGGCCCGGGAGAUGUAAUGAAUGGCGGGACAACUUUAUUACCCAAAGAGUGGCUGCAGCUAAAUGGAAGGAAAAUUUUCGUAUGAACCGCGAGACAUUCCUGAAGUUAUGUGACGACCGGAGGCUUACCUUAGAAGGACAAGCUACAAGGAGGCGAAUGCCAUUAUCUGUCGAAAGACAAGUUUUUGUCACGCUCUAUUAUCUUGAAGAUGAAGGGCGUUUGAGAAAUGUGGCCAAUGCUUUUGGCAUUGAGACAGCGGAGCCUACAGAAAAUACUCCUCAAGUUGCUCUCAAUCUCCAAGGCUCUCUUGUCUCUAAAGUCGGUGAAGUUGCUUACGGCCGUGAUAGUAACAGUAACAGCAGCAGCGAUAACAGUAGCAGUAGCCGUAGUGACGGUCUCAGCAGCAGUAUCAGUGACAGGGACAGUGUCAGUUUCAGUAACAGUGACAGUCUCAGUCUUGGUAACAGUGAAACGGAAACUGACAGUGGCAGUGACGGAGGGGGUAGAAGCAAUGGCGGAGAAGAACUUAAUCGUGACGAUCAAAAUUCUAGAGGCUGUGCAGCCAGUCCAUGUGGUAAAGGAACUUGUCAAGAUGUAAAUGGAGGUUACAGUUGUGUCUGUCCGUUGGAAUGGCAAGGAAGUAACUGCAAAGAUUUUGUGGACAACUGCUUCAGCAAUUCUGUUGGUGUGGCCAAUCCUGACAUUAUCUCCGAUCAGCAGAUGACAGCAUCGUCUCAAAGAGAAGUGUCCUUUCAAGCUUCUCACGGCCGACUAAACGGACAAGGUUGGUGUGCAAGGAAUGGAACAAGCCGCGGAGAAUGGCUUCGAGUUGACUUCAACAGAACAGUUGACUUGUGCGCUGUUUCUACACAAGGAAUUGAACGUAGUUGGGUCACGGAAUUCAAGCUCUCUUAUAUCACUACCAAAGGAAAUUGGAUAUCUUAUAAAGGAGCAGAUGGGAAGGUCGUGGUGAGUUGGAAAGUCAUUAAGUAA